CUCCUCUCUCUUCCUCCUCCUCGGUUGUACUUUCAUCGGGCAGCUAGCAGCAGCUCGGCGCAGCAUCGACUUUAGGACACCUGCAAGCAGCCGUGUUACUUAAUCAAACAGAAUUGACUUUUCAAGCCGGCGCGAGUUUGAACAAGCAAUCCAGAAAUCAUGACUAGCUACCAUAAACCCGAUGAAAAAACGCUGCAGGGGCUGAAAGACGCCGCUAAUAAGCUCAGGAUCCACUCCAUAAAGGCAACAUGCGCUUCCAACUCCGGCCACCCCACAUCAUGCUGCAGUGCGGCGGAGCUCAUGUCUGUGCUCUUCUUCCACACCAUGCGCUAUAAAACGGAAGACCCCCGCAACCAGUGCAAUGACCGCUUUGUGCUUUCAAAGGGCCAUGCUGCACCUGUCCUGUAUGCGGCCUGGGCUGAGGCAGGUUUUGUGAAGGAGUCUGAUUUGCUUAACCUUCGCAAGAUUGACUGUGACCUGGAGGGCCACCCCACACCAAAACUCGCUUUUGUUGAUGUGGCUACAGGAUCUCUGGGACAGGGUCUUGGGGCUGCCUGUGGGAUGGCCUACACUGGCAAAAACUUUGACAAAUCCAGUUACCGGGUGUACUGCCUGAUGGGUGAUGGAGAGUGUUCAGAGGGCUCAGUAUGGGAGGCCAUGGCCUUUGCCUCCUACUACCAGCUGGACAACUUGGUGGCUAUCAUAGAUGUCAACCGGCUCGGCCAGAGUGAGGCUGCGCCCCUGAAGCACGACAUGGACGCCUAUCGCAAGCGGUGUGAAGCCUUUGGGUUUAACACAUAUGUUGUGGAUGGCCAUGAUGUGGAGGAGCUGUGCAAAGCUUUUUGGCAGGCUCAACAGGUCAAGGGCAAACCCACCUGCAUUGUUGCAAAGACACUGAAGGGCAAAGGACUCAAAAAUAUUGAGGAUCUUGACAACUGGCAUGGAAAGCCAAUCCCCAAGGACAGGGUCGAUGACCUCCUGAAUGAUCUACAGGCUCAGAUCCAGGUUCCCAACAAGACCCUGUGCCCUGAACUCCCUAAAGAGGACGCAGCCCCUGCAGACCUCAGCUACAUCUCAUUGCCUUCACCUCCAGCAUACAAAAAGGGAGAUAAGAUGGCAACAAGGCGUGCGUAUGGUGUGGCACUGGCUAAGAUGGGACAGGCAAGCCAGAGAGUGGUGGCCCUUGAUGGAGACACCAAAAACUCCACCUUCUCAGAGACCUUCAAGAAAGCCUUCCCUGAACGCUACAUCGAGUGCUUCAUUGCUGAACAGAACAUGGUAGGAGUGGCCAUUGGCUGUGCCACCCGUGACCGCACGGUUUCAUUUGCCAGCACGUUUGCUGCCUUCUUCUCCAGAGCCUAUGAUCAGAUCCGUAUGGGUGCCAUCUCCCAGUCAAAUGUCAACCUGGUAGGGUCCCACUGCGGGAUCUCCAUUGGUGAGGAUGGUCCUUCCCAGAUGGCCCUUGAGGACUUGGCCAUGUUCCGUGCUAUCCCAACAUGCACUGUGUUUUACCCCAGCGAUGCGGUGUCCACCGAGAGAGCUGUUGAGCUAGCAGCCAACACAAAGGGUAUCUGUUUCAUCCGUACCAGCAGACCAGACACUGCAGUCCUCUACUCUCCAGAUGAGAAGUUUGAAGUGGGUGUAGCCAAGGUGGUGCGCCAGUCUGACAAUGAUCAUGUGACUGUGAUUGGAGCUGGUGUUACCCUGCAUGAGGCCCUUGCUGCUGCUGAUGUGCUGGCCAGUGAAGGGAAGAACAUCCGUGUUAUUGACCCAUUCACCAUCAAGCCCCUGGAUGCCGCUACCAUUUUGGCCAGUGCCAGAGCCACAGGAGGACAGAUCAUCACUGUGGAGGACCACUACAAGGAAGGUGGUCUCGGUGAAGCAGUUCUGUCAGCAGUGGCCCAGGAGCCCGGCAUUGUCGUGACCCGACUGGCAGUGAGCGGUGUUCCCCGCAGCGGAAAGCCCCAAGAGCUGCUGGACAUCUUCGGCAUCAGUGCCAAGCACAUUGCCAAUGCUGUGCGUCAGACCUUUGCAAACUAAGGACUACACCUGAUCUCCUGCUCUCUGCUCUGUUGCAUCACAACCAACCUUCUGCCCAACCUGCAGUUACCUGGUACAAUCACACGAAGACCUGUGAUCUGUGCUCACUUUGCCAUCUUGUGGCUUUCAGUGGAGUGUAGUGUACUAACCCUGUAUUAUCACUGAUGGCGAGAGCUGGGAAUAGGAGUACAGCAUUGUCCUGGCCUGUCGUAUAGUUAAUCCCAUGUGUGCUACUUCUAGCGCCCCCUGCUCCCUAAGGUUUAUACUGUUCUUCUGUAACAUUCCUGUCUUGUAUCCUGAUGUUUUCAUAAUGGUGUCUUACUAGUGACCCAGACAAAAGCAUCACUGAAAACCAUAAAUGCGGUAUGUUGACCUGUCAUACCAGCAUCUCGUCCAGAUGCCAGCACAUUGUGACUGCCCGUUUAUCACACUCACAUUCUGUACAACCAUAGCCCACAUCUUCUCACUUCGCUGACGUUCAUGCCUCUUUUUUCUAAAAAGUGCUGUUACUGUUUUCAUAAAUCUCAUGUACUACAUCACUUUCAGUUGUGUUCAGUCCCAAUUUUUAGCACUUCAAUGCAGUACAGAACUGUUUUGUUGUUUUUUUUUUUGUUUGUUUGUUUUUUCUUUUUGGACCCAGUGUGACAGACUUAAACCUGUUUUGUUGUGAACCGUUAAACAUUCCCCAGAUUAUUAGAGGCAACACAGGCAUCAUGUGAAGUUACUUUCCAGGUCACUGGUCUCCUCCUGUUUGAAGCUGUGAUGUGCUGAAUUAAAAGUAAUUAACCCAA